CUAACUGGACAAGUUGCGAAAUUGUAGAAGAGUAGGCAAUGUCAAAGUGUAACGAAAAUAUUGUUGUGCGGUUAAAAUUCCCCACCACCCUGGACAUUUCCAUAAAUCAGUUGGAAUGCCAAUGGUUCAAGUAGUUAGAUUAUAUAAAAACUGAUGGUAGAAGUUAUUGAUACUUGAUGUUAAACCUUCAUAUUAGAUAUUGUUCUGCUUGCUAACUUGUGCGUGGAUGUUACCCAAUUCCCAAAUAGAAUGAUAUUUCUGUGCAGGUCCGACCAGAUUGACUAAAAAUGUAAACAAAAUGGUCCAGAGCCUUUUUACGUAUUAAGGGUGAAUAUGUUAUGGAUAUAUUUAUAAGGGUGAUGGUUGAUGAUUGAAUGAGUUCUGAAAGUAUAAUUGAAAUCAUUGAAUCGUUGGAUUCAAAUAAAGUUGAAGAAGUUAGUUUUGGUAUCAAUAAUUUAGAUUAUUUAUUAGGACAAUUGUUACCAGAAAUAGUAAGUCAUUAUGAGACUAGUACAACGUUAAAAUUACAAUCGAAUAGAGUAAGUAAUACUAGCCAACAGUUAAAUAAGAGUUCAUUCAUUAGUCUACAGGAUAAUUUUCAGUUUAACUUGGCCAGUCAUUUAAUUAAUUAUUAUAAGAUAAUAAAUGAAGACAAUAGCAAGAUAGACGUGGCCACUGCGUUAUUAUGCAAUCGAUUAUUACAAGGAUUGUUAAUUAUUCAUCCUAAUUCAAGAAUGUUAUUUCAUAGACCAAGUAAUAUGAAAUUAAUAUUACAAUUGCUUGAAACUAGUGAUAUUACAUUUAGUAUUUCAUUAAUUUCUACCUUAAUUCAUAUAUUAUUAAAGGAUUUCAAAAACUUUCGUGUGUUUGAAAGUUGUAAUGGAUGUUCAGUUAUAAUCAAACGGUUUAAGUUAUCAUCAUUCGAUAUCAAUAAGAAACAACAAACUACUACUAAGCAUAAAGUUGAUACUCAACAAGAUUUAAAUUUUAAGAUUAUUGAAUUUUUAUUGUUUUACUUCAUUGAUGAAACUAAGAUAAAUCCUCAGGAUUAUAAAACUCUAGACCAGAAAUCUAACUUUUUCAGAAUUGAUUUCCCAGAUAUAGAUAAUUUAAUAGAGAGUCUUAACGAGUUGAAUGAUUUACAAUAGAAACAAUUAAUGGCAAAAUAGUAAUGGUAAGUAUAUUUAUAAGAAGAAAUAGUUGAUAAAACAAGUUAAGAUAAUAAUAAUAAUAAGUAAUAGUAAUAAUAGUAAUAAUAAAUGAUGAUGAUCCCCCCAGAACAAUAGAAAUUU